ACGAGUCAGGUUCUACUGUCGCUGCAAGCAGAACCGACUAGACCAGAUCGGCAUCGGAAUCGGAAUCGGUGUGUGGGAUCACUGCCUGAUCACUAGUCAGUUUCUAUAUCGCCGCGUGCUCGGAACAACGCGCUUCUCCGAUCCUCCGCUCAUAAAUUCGGUCUCGUGCCUCAAGGGUUCUUAAAUACAUCGGGGUUUUACCCAGCCUGCGGCACUGUGAAUGAUUUUGAUUACCCUAUUUUAGGCUGCCUGAACUUUUAGGACAGAAGGUCGGCUUGGACGACGGAACGACUGGCAAACGCACGUGAAAGUGCGAGAGGAGGGUUUCCAGCAGGACCCAGGGUUCUUCAGACCCUAAACUUAUCCAAGGAUCGUCACAAUGACGCGACCCAAGCAGGAUGGCGGCAAAUUCAAAGCUUUCAUGCAGGAGAAUGUCCUUACCAUGGCCACCGUUAUCGGUGUGUUUGUGGGAGGACUCAUCGGCUUCAUCAUCAAAAACAGCACGGGCGAGUGGUCCAAGCGAGAGAUCAUGUACAUAUCCUUCCCCGGCGAGAUCUUCUUGAGAAUGCUCAAAUGUUUGAUUGUACCGCUUUUGGUGUCCUCGAUUACCAGCGCUAUUGGUGGCCUUGAUUUAAGCAUGUCCAGUAAGAUUGCCACCAGAGCCAUUACGUACUACUUUGUAACCACCAUUUCUGCCGUCAUUCUGGGCAUUUGUCUGGUGACCACACUGCGUCCCGGCCAGGGAGCCAAGAUCGUGGAAACCCAGACGGAGACCAUCGACAAGGCCUCCAAGGUGCUCACCCCAGACACGCUGAUGGACCUGGUGCGAAACAUGUUCACGGACAACAUCAUCCGGUCGACCAUGUUCCAGGACCGCACUGAGAUCUUUGAAAAUACUAGCAUUAGUCCAGCACAACCCAUGGAAAACUGGGAGUUCAAGUCUGCCCAACGCGAGGGCUCCAAUGUUCUUGGCCUUGUGAUGUUCAGUGUAAUUCUUGGUACCACCAUUGGCAGAAUGCGAGAGAAGGGUCAACUGCUGCAGGAUUUCUUCACCACUUUGAGCGAGGCUAUGAUGACCAUCACCUCGUGGGUUAUUUGGAUUUCCCCGUUGGGAGUGGCUUUUCUGAUCGCCGCCAAGAUCAUUGAGAUGGACUCGAUAGCGGCGACCAUUCAAUCAUUGGGAUGGUAUUUCAUAACGGUUAUGAUAGGUCUAUUUCUGCAUGGUUUCGGCACAAUUGCUGUGAUCUUCUUUUUGGGAACCCGACGACUUCCGUACCGCUUUAUUGCCAAGCUCAGCCAGGUUUUGGCCACCGCAUUUGGAACUGGAUCCAGCUCGGCCACCAUGCCACUGACUAUCAAAUGUCUGGACAACAUGGGCAUUGAUCCGCGAGUCACUCGCUUUGUAAUUCCCGUGGGGGCCACAAUUAACAUGGAUGGAACGGCUCUCUACGAGGCUGUGGCUGCUCUUUUCAUUGCCCAAUAUCGUGAGAUGAGCUACUCCUUCGGAACCAUCGUGGCCGUAAGUAUAACGGCCACGGCAGCCUCGAUCGGAGCUGCAGGAAUCCCACAGGCAGGACUCGUCACAAUGGUCAUGGUGCUGGAUACUGUGGGCUUGGAGCCGAAGGAUGUGUCCCUCAUUAUAGCUGUCGAUUGGUUACUGGAUCGCUUCCGCACUACCAUCAAUGUGAUGUGUGAUGCCCUGGGCACUAUUUUGGUUAAUCAUCUGUCGAAGAACGAUUUGGCCAGCGUGGAUAGGCUGAACGCCGAGCCCCAUGAGCUCCUCGAGCUGGGACCCAAUGGCCACGAGAUGAAGGAAUGAAGGCAGUCUUCGCUUGGCGCCUAUAACCGCAAACGAUGAGUGGACAUGUCCCGGCUGUGGGCAUGUUUCCACAUCCUUCCCAGCAACGAUAGCGACAGCGAUGACUACGACGACGAGGAGUUUUAAGGGGAGCAGGAGUCGCAGAGUCGCAUCAAAUCGAAUCGAAGCUGGGGCGGAGUCAUCAAGCUUGUUUACGGAUUAUUUGGGUGACCAAGUCGCAUCUAAUUUCCAGAUUGAUUAUUUUGAAGCAGCUCCUCUGGCAGAGGCUAGAGUUCUGCCAGAGUACAAGUACUAAGCCAGCAACGAAUUUAAGUGACACAUUCGUUAACUAGUUUGUUUUUCCCAAAAUUAAAGAUCGAGAACAGAAAUAAGAUUUAAGAUGAAAACAAAAGAACAUUUAUCGUCUAAAUUAGAGAUACUUUCAAGCUGUAAAUAAUUUUUAAAUAUAAUUAUAUUAAAUUGAGUUCAAAUUUGCAUUACAUUCUCCCAUACGAUUAGUAUUAAAAUCGAAGAGUUUAAAUUAGUCAAUUCCAAGCAAACAAUCCCAACAUUAAGCAAUUGCAUUUGAUUAGGUCGCAAAUUGUUGAGAUUCGUAUCUAGUAUUUGUUAAACAUUAUUUACACUUUUUGACAUAGCAAAGCCAAGCAAAACAAUUUACAAAGACAAGUAUAAAAUAGUAAAAAUAUUUAUUAACACACUAACAAAUAAAAACCAGAAACAAUUCAAAUCGAAUCAGAUUUUCAAAUGCCGUUACAAGUUCGUGUUCAUAGUUGAGCUUUGUAAAUACUUAAUAGCUUAAGUAUACAUACAUAAAUCUUUAUGGAAAUAUUUAUAUUUAAAGCGUGGAAAUCGAAUUCUUGAAUGACAAUAAUAGAGUGCUACAAUCAGACGUACAGUCAAUUUAUACGAGUAUCAAAUUAUUUAUUACAUAUUAUUAAAAUAAAUAAAUAAAUAAAUAAAUUAGGACACACUAUUGCAAAAACCCACGGGACAGAUAUAAGUACACAAGAAAGCCAAUAAAACACAUAAAAUAUUUCAAUGUUUGCCAUGCUUUUCGCCAAAAAGGAGAAUUUUUAGGUUACGAAUCAUCAAAAUGUUUGUAGUUGUGCGUAGUCUAAAUAUAUGUUUACUAAUAAAACUUUAUGAAUAUUAAACGAAA